AUGUCGGCGCCCGCGCCCUCGUCUUCGGACGUGCUGAAGAAGGCCGUCCCUCACGUUGACAUUGACGGUCACAAUCUUCCUCCAUCGCCGGCCCCGUCGAGCCCGCGCACAGGGAGGAAAUAUGCGAUUGCCACCGAGCUUGUGUACACCGAGAGCAGUGACCAGUACAAUGCUAGCAGUGUCCCGAUUUACCAGAGCGCUACCUUUAAGCAAGCGUCUGGCGACGGCGGUGGUGAAUAUGACUAUACUCGUUCCGGAAAUCCCACUCGAACCCAUCUCGAGCGCCAUCUCGCCAAGGUCAUGUCGGCCCAGCGCGCCCUGGUCGUGACGUCGGGUAUGGCAGCGCUGGACGUGAUUACCCGGUUGCUUCGUCCUGGCGAUGAAGUGGUUACUGGAGACGACUUGUACGGCGGUACGAACCGGCUUUUGAAGUAUCUGUCGACCAACGGCGGUAUUACUGUGCACCACGUCGACACAACUGUGCCGGAGAAGGUGUCUGAAGUGCUGUCUCCCAAGACGACCAUGGUCCUGCUCGAAACCCCCACCAACCCGCUAAUCAAGGUCGUCGACAUCCCACAGAUCGCGGCUGCCGCGCACCAGGCCAACCCCAACUGUCUGGUGGCGGUCGAUAACACAAUGAUGUCUCCGCUGCUGCUGAGCCCGCUCGAUCUUGGCGCUGAUAUUGUUUACGAGAGUGGUACCAAGUACCUGUCGGGCCACCACGACCUCAUGGCCGGUGUUAUUGCGGUCAACGACUUGGCCCUGGGAGAGCGGUUGUACUUCCCGAUCAACGCAUCGGGAUGCGGUCUGUCGCCGUUCGACUCAUGGUUGUUGAUGCGCGGAGUCAAGACACUCAAGGUCCGCAUGGACCAGCAACAGAGCAAUGCCCAGCGCAUUGCCGAGUUCCUCGAGGCCCACGGCUUCAAGGUGCGAUACCCGGGUCUGCGGUCGCACCCGCAAUACGACCUUCACCACUCCAUGGCGCGGGGGUCUGGAGCGGUGCUGUCGUUCGAGACGGGUGAUGUGGAAGUUAGCGAGCGGAUUGUUGAGAGUGCGCGCAUCUGGGCUAUCAGUGUUAGCUUCGGGUGUGUCAACAGCUUGAUCAGCAUGCCAUGUCGGAUGAGCCACGCCAGUAUCGACGCCAAGACGCGCCAGGAGCGCGCCAUGCCGGAGGAUCUGAUUCGGUUGUGUAUCGGUAUUGAAGAUGUGGAUGAUCUCAUUGAUGAUUUGCGCCGGGCGGAAACACCGUCUCUCACCAUGACUGCCCUUUCUGAACGCUCGACCUCGUCGAGAAAAUGGAAUACAGACCGGUUAGGCGCUCGGUUAGGCGUGGAUAUUGUCAGUGCUGCUACGGCCGGGUUACUGACAUGUCCGGUUAUCACAGUAAUUGAUCGCGCAAUCAUCGAAAAAGCCGCCAAAGGCCUCCCAAUCCGAAACACCAUCACCUCAUGCUUCAAAUCGAUGGCGCGCCAUCCGGCCGGAUUCUUCCUCAGCACGCCUUUCUUCCUUAUAUAUACCCUCUAUACGGGCACGUAUCUAACAGCGAACACAAUUGACACGAUAACGUCCACGUUGCGUGAUAAACCCUUUGCCGCCGUUUUCCCGGGAACGGCCAAGUUCUUGGCUACCACGAGCGUGAACAUGGGGAUAUGCGUGUACAAGGAUGCGGUGUUUGCGAGGUUAUUCGGCGCUUCCCCCUCUCCCUCUUCGUCUUCAUCUUCCUCGACCACAUCUACAUCGACUUCGUCAACGUCGACGUCGACAUCGACAGCAAAAGAAUCCUUCUUCUCCCAAUCCCCCUCAACCUGCCACCCCCACAGCCAAACCAAAACCGUCCCCAAAAUCUCCUACUCCCUCUUCUGCCUCCGCGACAGCAUCACCAUCUUCGCCUCCUUCAACAUCCCCUCUCUCGUCGCCCCCUACAUCCCUGACACCCUGGCCACUUCGCCCUCCACCAAAACCGCGCUCGCACAAUUCUCCUGUCCCGCUCUAAUGCAGUUCGUGAGUACGCCUAUGCAUCUACUCGGCUUGGAUCUGUAUAAUCGGCAGCCGGCUGGGGGGUUGAGUUUCUGGGGUGAUCGGUGGCCGCGGAUUAGGAGGGAUUAUGUGAGUAGUUCGUUUGCGAGGAUGGGGAAGAUUGUGCCUGCUUAUGGGGUUGGGGGUGUUGUUAAUGUUAGGAUGAGGGAGGGGUUGAUGGGGUUGUUGGGGGGGUAA